AUGUCUAAAUUCUGGCCCAAGGGAGGACUUCCCGGUAUUCUACACCACUACACCGAAACUCUCGUCGCGUUCGAAUAUGCAUCCUCUACCGUCCGCCAACCUCACAGUCUCCUCUUCGUAGGAGGUCUCGGUGACGGCCUCGCUACAACCUCCUACAUGGCCGAUAUCGUGCGCGCCCUGCAAAACUCCGGAUGGUCCCUUUUCACCUUGAACCUCACAUCGUCAUACCAAUCAUGGGGCGUUGGGCACUUGGAUCGUGACACAAACGAGAUCGCACAAUGUCUCAAUUACAUCAAGAGCUACAAGGCGGAUAAGUUUGGCGGUGGAAAACUCGCCGUCAUGGGCCAUUCCACCGGUAGCCAGUGCGUGCUGCACUAUCUCUCUCAAUCAAACCCCCACACAAAUAUCCCGGCCUUCGAUGCGGAUAUCGAGCACAUUACGCGUCCAGCUCUCGAUGGCGCAAUCAUGCAGGCGCCGGUCUCUGAUCGCGAGGCUAUCUUUUGGGUGCUGAAGUGGGGUAUUGGCGACACGACGCCGGAGAAGGCGCGCGAGACAUAUGAUGAGAUGGAGAGGUUGGCGAAGGAAGCUGUCGCUGAGGGCAAGCCUCAUGAUACCAUGUUGCCGCUCUCUUUGACUUCGAUGAUCUACCCUGCCAAUACGCCUAUCAGCUGUCGCCGAUUCUUGAGUCUGGUCAGCCCGGAGAGUCCUCAGGCACCGCAAGAGGACGAUCUCUUCAGUUCGGAUCUGAGUGAUGAGCACUUAGAUACCACAUUCGGAAUGAUUCAGAAGCAGGGUCUGUUGAACCAUAAGUUGAUGGUGUUGAUCUCUGGGAAAGAUCAGUCCAUUCCUGAUUGGGUUGACAAGGAUAAGAUGCUAGCCCGGUGGAAGAACGCCACCGAUCACGGUGGUAAAUAUCAGAUUUGGGAUGACAAGCACACUGGUGUUAUUCCCAACGCGUCUCACGCACUGAGUAACGACGACCAGGCUGAGCCUCGGAAGUGGCUUGUGGAGAGGGUAUUGAGCUAUCUGAAAACGGCCGAGGAGAAGUCAUAG